UCUGUUUGUUGUUCGCUGUUCAGAGGUAUCCAAACUCGAUCUUCUAUCUGGAAAACUCCUUCUAAAGGAAGACUGGAGAUCCCGAUGUCUCCCGAAGAAGUCUUUGAAGCUACAAAUCGACAGCUUUUUAUAAUGUAGUUGUUGGCUCUGCGGCGUAAAGUCCGGUUUUUGCUUUGGCGCGGGGUAACUGCAAUCGUUGACUAUGGGCAACAUUCACUGUUGUGUUCUUCCUUCGCCUCGCGGAGGGGCUAUGGCCAAAAGUGAGCCUUAUGACAGAACAGGGCUUGCGAAUGAGUCGUUUGAACUACCCCACAUUAGCGACAGAGAAGAUCUUUCAAAUCACAAGGGGACGUUGUUCUUGCACAGAUCACUUUCUAAUCAAGGUAACAAUGGAACAUUUCCCGGGAGACGUACAUUUUCAACAGGAAGUGACUCAAGAAAGAGAAACGGAGUUGGGGGAAUUCUGACUAGAAAAUUUAGCUCCUGCUCAACUAUCUUCCUUGAUGACAGUACAGUGAGUCAGCCCAACCUAAAAUCCACCAUCAAAUGUGUGGCUUUGGCAAUAUAUUACCACAUAAAGAACAGAGACAGAGAUGUGCGAUCUCUUGAUAUCUUUGAUGAAAGAGCUCACCCCCUUACGCAUGAUCCUGUACCAGAUUAUUAUGACAGAGUGGAUCCAGAACACAGGCAUAUCUACAAGUUUAUCAAAACCCUGUUUCAUGCCGCUCAGCUCACCGCAGAGUGUGCAAUUAUCACACUUGUUUACCUUGAAAGGCUUUUGACUUAUGCUGAGAUCGACGUGCAUCCAGGAAACUGGAAAAGGAUUUUGUUAGGUGCUAUUUUACUGUCAUCUAAAGUGUGGGAUGACCAAGCUGUGUGGAAUGUGGACUAUUGCCAAAUUUUGAAAGACAUAACAGUGGAAGACAUGAAUGAAUUGGAGAGAGCAUUUUUAGAGCUUUUGCAGUUUAAUAUUAAUGUACCGUCAAGUGUCUACGCUAAAUAUUACUUUGACUUACGCUCACUUGCUGAUGCCAACGAUUUGGUUUUUCCUCUGGAGCCACUUAGCAAGGAAAGAGCGAGAAAAUUAGAGGCUCUCUCAAGUGUAUGUGAGGACAAUAUGCUAGAUUGUAAUCCAACUACCUUGUAUCGCUCUAAGAGCGCAGAUGCGCUUACACCGCGCCGGAGAAGCAUGGCUAUCCUGUCGUGACGAAUAAUCCCAAAACAACAGCUGUAGAAUCGAUGAUAGUGGUACGUAUGCCAGAUCCGUGCGCCUAUGGACAGAGGAAAUCUGCACAAGAGAAAUGGGGCAAAAAGCACUUGGGAAUUUAUUUAUAGUGAAGAACUGGGUCAGGAUGACCGUUUGGCGUACGAAGUUUCGUUUAGGCGUGUGAGGAGAACAAUGAGUGAAGAACAUCGGACUUCACGUCGCUUGCGUGAUAAACCGUGGACAGAGAUUUUAGUCACGCAAUCUUGGGAAAGUUUUCCAACGCGUCAAAUAUUUGCACUUUGUGUCACAGGAUCUCCAAGGGAAAAACUUUCCACAAAGGUUGUUUCCCUGUUACGAUCAUAUUCACCACUUGUAGAAUGGAGAAAUAUUUGACUUCAUAUUUGCAUACUGUCACCAGAUAACUUGACUAUCACACAGCAUUUACAGCAAGCGCCAACCAAGAUCUUUUUGGAAGACAUUACAGCAACUGAUUAUAACGAGCAGGCCACGCUCAUGAGGGAAUUUUUAUUUGCAGGGAGGUACUAAGGAAGGAACUCUUUUGGGCGUCGCUGAUUUCAGUUUGACUGUUUUCAGCUAGUGGAAUGUUUCAACGCUGUUUCUAGGGUAGUGGUUUACAACUGACGGAAUCGCAAUCUCGAUCCCAGGCUCUCUCUCUCCUUUGCCUCUCCUCGACAUCAAGGAAGGCAGAGGAGAGAAAGCCUGGUAAUGAAGUUGAACGAAUCAAAUGGCCAUUUUAAACUGAUGACGUCGCUUCGGGGGAUCCUUUUUAGUGUGUCUGGUUGUUUCUUUCCCGCGAAAAUUCAGGCUCCGUCCACACUACACAAGAGAAAUUUGAAAACGCAGCUUAGGCCUACCAUCCACACAAAAAUCCAUAACGAAAACGGAGCUUGUCGAAAACGCUUUUCAAACCGGUGGAAUUUGAAAACGUUUUUGAAAUUUAUCCAGCGUAGUUUGGACAGGGCCUCAAACCCAAGGAACUACCAAUCACAGGCGUUCUAAGGAUCUCUGUUUAGUUACGUCAGACAACUUACAUGCCAGGAAGAUAUUGAGCGUGUAAAUGGACACAUCCGUAUACCCUGACUUGUCCCUAGUCGUCUUCAUACAACUUCAUACAGCAUGUGGCAAGGGGCGACGCGGGGGCGCAGGGUGAGAUGGGAACACGCGACAUGGCGCAAGGCAUUUCCACCUCGCCCCGUGCCGCGCGCUGUAUGAAGUUGUAUGAAGACGACUGGAGACGAGUCAGUCUGUUAACCCAAGCCAACGAAACUGUUUCAUUUUAAUUAUUCAGUCUUUUCAGCGUAUCAGGAUCUCGUCUGUUCUGAAUAUUUUUACACCAUUUUGAUCAUAGCUUUUGAACAUUUUACCCGAGAACUAUGAGAGCGAUUGGUGAGUGGAACAGCUUUAUACAAUUAUCGACAAGAGAAAAACGUUUACAAAAUGGGAGAAUAUUGUCGAAAGGGAAAACUAGAAGUUUAAGGAGAGCAUUUUAGCCUGUAAUUCUACCGCUAAAAUAUCUUCAAUGGCAUCUUGGCAAACAGAAUCGCUGUAAUACAAAGACAACAGUGGCCACGAUAUUACUUGAAGUUAUUAGCCUAGUUGACUCAAAACUCAAACUCAAACUAGUUGACUCUUCGCUUUAGCGAUGCGAAAGCUGUACUGGGCGACAAGUUUUCAAUACAGACAAGGUCAGAUUUCGUCAAAGAGCGUCAUUCUUAGUGAAAAUACUUUUUGUUGCACGCAACACUUGAUUCUCAGAUAGAUGUAAAUUAUUUCAAGCAGAACAGUAAUAAUAUAUUUAAAAGUUGGUAUCCUGAUAUCAGAAACUGCGUUUUUCAGUCAUGUGCGAAAACUCCUUAAAGGCCGUUAGAUUACGGUGCUCGCUCGUGUAUUAAUUCAUUUUAUUUAUUUUUAUUAGUAGUUGGUUCAGUUUUAAAGUUCACAAACUAGUCCAGUUCUACGAGAAUCAGAUACUCUAUAAUAUCAACUUUACACAACAGGACGAUAAGAGGUUAUAGCUGUUUAGAGACGGACCAUUAUUUUGUAGGGGAGGGGGGCGUUGGGCAAUUUUCUGGGGCAUAAUUUUUUUCUUACCUUUCGGUUGUGCAUUAGUUUUUUUUGGUGGGAAAAGGCUUGUGCGAUAUUUUUUAAAAUUCAAAACACAGGGGCUGGAUAGUAGAAGGCACUUGCUCGAUUUUUUCCUCAUGGCUACUCUUGCAUGCGAUUUUUUCCCAGCAUUUUUCAACUGUGCAGGAAUUAUUAUGGAAAUUACCAGACCCCCCUCGCCUCAAAAAAAUAAUGGUUCGUGCCUUAGAAUCAUCGUACAACAGCUUCUCAUCAUAUUCCUUGUUUCCUUUCAGUCCAAGAAUUGUAAAUAUCAACGGCCUGUUUUUUUAGAAAAUGUUGAAACUCUCU